AUGAGAAAGCGCGGGCAAGCAGAGAUUGCAGGCCCAGCGAGUGAUGGUCCUGGCGCGCAGAAGCGACCACGAGGACGCUUUCUGCGGCCAGAUCAAGCAGCUGCCAUCAAACGAAGGCAGCAGCUCGAAAAGAAGGCUGUGCGGCGACGCCUUGCACUAUGGCGCUCACGGAUAGUGGAUGGUGCACGGCAGACGGUCUACGUAACGUUGGCUGGGGAUGUGCUGAAAAAGGGUGCAAGGGCAUACAGAGCUGCUUCCGCAGAUCAGCAGUACCUUAAGGCUUGCGGAAUCGCAAGCAAUCAGCCUGCCAAUUCAGAAAUUGAAGUGCCAGAGGAGAUUCAGCCCUAUGCUAGCUGCAGAGGGCAGAACCCGCUGGAGCUUGCGUUUUGGUGUGUCCCACGGUCCGUGCAGGCCUGCCUCCUCGAAACCGGCAUACAGCACCUGCACAGGUGGCAGGCUGAAUGCCUGAGCUGCCCUCAGGUCCGGGUGGCAGGACAAUCUCUCGUGUAUGUCGCUCCCACCAGUGCGGGAAAGUCUUUGGUAUCCGAGGUCUUAAUACUGCGACAACUUCUGUUUCAUGGACGACGGGCUCUGAUUGUCCUGCCAUUUGUGUCAAUCUGCGCAGAGAAGGUCCAGAAACUUCGCCACUGCUUUGGAGCUUGCGGACUUCGUGUGGAAGGUCUGUACUCAUCAUCCGACGGGAAGUGGCAUCCAGGCGUGGAUGUUGCUGUUUGCACCAUUGAGAAGGCCAGCUCCUUGCUGAAUCGGUUGCUCGAGGAAGAUGCGCUUCUCCGCGACAUUGGUGUUGUGGUUGUGGAUGAGAUGCACCUUCUCGGUGAUGAGCACAGGGGCUAUCUGUUGGAGCUUAUCUUGGUAAAGGCAAGGCUCAGCGCCGACAUGGCUGCACAAGGCGCUGGCCUUCAAAUCAUCGGCAUGUCAGCCACGCUUCCGAACGUGAACCUGCUAGCAGACUGGCUGGGCGCCCGGCUCUACGUGAGCUUGGACCGGCCGGUCCCGCUCAGCCUGUCGGUCGCUUUGAAGGGCCAGGUCCUGCACCAGAAAGCGAAAGACCCGAGGGUCGAAGCUUGCAUGGCAAGAAUUGUUAACACCAGUCGAGAUCCAGAUGGGCUUGUGCCCUUGGUUUGGGAGUGCGUUUCGAUGCAGCAGUCGGUCCUCGUCUUUUGCGCGACAAAGGACUGGUGUGAGAAGGCGGCUGCCCUGCUGGCUGCCGAGAUGCCGCGCCUGGAUCAGCUGGAGACAGAGAAUUCAGGUUAUGGUGAUGCAUGCCAGGUGCAGAGGUUUCAGCUCGUGGAGGAAUUGAAGCAGACACAUUCCGGCCUGUGCCCGGUCCUCGCUCAGACGGUGCUCAAUGGCGUGGCCUAUCACCACGCAGGUCUUACAACGGAGGAACGCAGUCUGCUAGAAGCGGCUUACAGGACGGGAGUCUUGCGCUGCCUUUGUGCCACGUCUACUCUGGCUGCCGGGGUCAACCUUCCAGCUCGGCGUGUCAUCAUCCGAUCCAUGAAGGUGGGGAGAGAUCCGCUUGAUGCCGUGCGGUUCAGGCAAAUGGCAGGGCGUGCGGGGCGUGUUGGCUUCGAUACGGAGGGUGAAUGCAUCGUUAUGGUGAAGUCUCUGAAAGAAGCAGACGAGGCUCAGGCCCUCUUCGCCGCCCAGCUGCAGCCGCUGCGGUCUGCGCUGGGCAAGGAACGCUUGGUCAGGGCAGUGCUGGAGGUCGUCAGCUUGGGGCUCAUUCGGACUGUGGAUGAGCUGGAAGUGCGUUUUGCCAGGAGGCUCUUCCGCUUUUACGACGAGCGGUUCUCGGCAGGCUGUGGUCCGGAUGCUAUGGUUGUCCCGCCAACUCUGCUGGAAGACCUGCGUUGGGCGCUCUGCGCACUGAAGGCGCAGCGGCUCAUCGAAGUAGACGAUGGCCGCCUCCAGUGCAGCGAGAGGUACCAACCCGGGUCAUCGAUUCCACAGCAAGCAGCGACAGCCGCGACAGCCGCGACAGCCGCGACAGCCGGGACAGCCGCGACAGUCGCGACAGCCGCGAUUCGCCCCACUCCCCUGGGCAACGGCAUCGUUCAUUCUGCCCUCAAACCUGAAGAGGCCCUAAGCGUAUUUUCGGAUCUUCAGAGAGCUCGAAAGGGCCUUUGUCUGGACAACGACCUCCACCUCAUCUUCCUGGCCACGCCUGCUACAGCCCUUGCCAUUGAGCCAGAUUGGGCGAGAUACCUCAGCUACUAUGAGAAGCUUCAAGCACGGGAUCGGGCCGUUGCCGAUGCAGUCGGAGUCUCGCAUCACUUUCUGCUGAAGCAGUCCAUGGGACACCGUGGGCCCCUCCCUGCAAGCGGAAGCGGCGGAAGCGGCGGAAGCGGCGGAAGCGGCGGAAGCGGCGGAAGCGGAGGCGAUGGCGACUGGCGCCAGGACCGGGAGCGCGUCACGGCCCUGCAUCGACGCUUUUGGGCAGCUCUGGCCUUGCGAGAGCUGGCUGCAGAGAGACCUCCCGAUCGAGUUGCCAAUGCCUUCGCAGCUUCAAGGGGAUCGCUUCAAGCAUUGCAGGGACUGGCAGCUACAUACUGCGGAAUGGUGCGACAGUUGUGCGAACGGGUUCACUGGAACGACAUGGCGGCGCUCUUUCAGUGCCUGAUGCCGCGGCUCCACUUUGGGGCUGCGACAGAAGCACUCCCCCUGUGCCACAUUCCUGGAGUCCAUUCGGCACGGGCCAGGGCACUGCUGCAAGUUGGCCUGUCCAAGGUUGAAGAGGUUGCACAGUCCCCAACCUCGAUGAUCGAGUCUGCGCUCAGAAAGCUCUGCCAGCUUGACUGUGCCUCGGGAGCUGCGCAGGACCAUCCAGACCAGCGGGAGGCUGUUAUCCGCCAGGCUGCGCUCCGGAUCAUCCAGGGAGCACAGCAGCAGGUCAACGCGGAGCUGCAGCGAAUGCAGGAUGAGACAGACGAGGCUCGAGCGCGCUUAGGCCGAAAACACCAUGCCUGCGGCCUAGAAGAGGGAGGCCUGGAGUCUACAGAGCAGCGGAUUAUGCGGAUUGGAUGUGGCUUGAGCAUCAGCCUGGCAUAUCCACGCUGUGAGGGGAACAUCACUGAUAAGAAUCGUCACGUUGCGUUAGAAUGCGCUAAAGCACUGCACCUGUAA